UCCUCCCCCCGCCUAGGCGGGUGGUAGCGGCGGGGCCGGAAGCGGCGCGCGCCAUGGCGGCGGAGGGCCCGCUGGCGCUCGUCACCAGCUGCGGCGCCGGGUGCGCGGGCGAGGAGCUCGUCAGACGUAUCACAGGAAAAGAUGACAUUACUGUGGGUGCAAUUACAACUGGAAAAGUAACUUUUUACCCCUGGACAAUAGAUAAUAAGUACUACUCUGCAGAUAUUCACCUCUGUGUAGUACCAAACACAUUUCUUGUUACUGAAGACAUUGCUGAAUCUGUGCAAGCAUUUGUUGUGUACUUCGACAGCACAAUAGAAUAUGGACUUGAUAGUGUCUCAGAAUGGCUGCCCCUGACCGAAGAGUGGUUACCAGAAGUCAUGAUCCUGGUUUGUAACAGAGUGUCUGAAACUGGUGUUAACAGACAGAAAGCUCAAGAAUGGUGCAUCAAGCAUGGCUUUGAACUGGUCGAACUUAACCCUGAGGAACUGCCUGAUGAAGAUGAUGAUUUUCCAGAGUCCACCGGAGUGAAACGAAUUGUACAAGCAUUGAAUGCCAACGUGUGGUCCAACGUAGUCAUGAAGAGCGACAGGACCCAGGGCUUCGGUCGCCUCGGUACGUUAGCAGGUGCCAACUGUAUCGUUGGCUCAGAAGAGAACCAAGACACAGAAUCCAAUCCAUCAGCAGCAGGCAGAGGAGAAUCCCAUGUAGACAACAGAGAUGAUGGAGCUAGCACGACCGCCCUGCAGAUCGACAGCAUUGCAGAUCCCAUGUUAGAUAUGGACAUUCAAGAGUUGGCCAGCCUGACCACAAGAGAUGGUGACCUGGAGAACUUCGAAAGGCUGUUUUCAAAGCUGAAAAAAAUGAAAGAUAAAGCUGCAAUGUUACCUCAUGAGCAAAGAAAACUACACGCCGAAAAGGUGGCCAAAGCGUUCUGGAUGGCAAUUGGUGGAGACAGAGAUGAAAUUGAAGGCCUCUCUUCUGAUGAAGAAAACUAAGUUCUUCUGUAGCUGUAAGCGACAGAGUAAGCCUAAAAGAGCAGAUCUUCUCCAGCAAUGAGCAUUUGUUGUGAAAAGCCCCAUUUAGCGGUAGAUGCUUUCUUUGGUUAAGGGAUUCUCCACAUCAUUGUAGUAAGUAACGCAUUCCACAACACCUAAUGGGUAGAGUGAUUUUGUCUGACUCUUCAUUUGGAAUCACAGAAUGGUUUGGGUCAGAAGGGUCCUUACCGUCCAUCAGUACAACCCCCCUGCCAUGAGCAGGGACACCUCCUACUGGAUCAGGUUACUCCAAGCCCCAUCCAACCUGGCCUUGAACACCUCCAGGGAUGGGGCAGCCACCACUUCUCUGGGCAACUUGGGCCAGGGCCUCACUAGCCUCAUAGUGAAAAGUUUCUUCCUAAUGUCUAGUGUAAAUCUUUCCCUACCGAUAUAAACCCAUUCCCCCUCUUCCUAUCACUCCAUGCCCUUGUAAAAAGUCCCUCCCCAGCUUUCCUGGAGCCUCUUUCUGUACUGGAAGCUGCUCUAAGGUCGCCCCAGAGCCUUCUCUUCUCCAGGCUGAACAACCCCAACUCUUUCAGCCUGUCCUCAUAGCAGAGGUGCUCCAGCCCUCGCGUCAUCUCUGUGGCCUCCUCUGGACCUGUUCCAGCAGUUUCACAGCCUUCCUAUGUUGGGAGUUUCAAGACUCCAGGAGGGGUCUCAUGAGAGUGGAGCAGAGGGUCAGAAACCCCUCCCUCACUGUGCUGGCCGUGCUUCUUUUGAUGCAGCCCAGGAUAUGGUUGGCAAUUUUAUUUCCUCUCAGAGAAUUUUGGAAGGCAGUGCACGCACUUAGAGGAAAUAAUAAUGAGUUUACAUUUUUCAAAUUAACAUUUUUAUUGUUUCCUCUUUGGAGUUUAAAUAAACAAAUUUACUACCAGUUAUCUUUCCACAUAUGGCGGGUGGUUGUUAAAUGACUACUUAAUUCCAAGCUCCAUGUUUUCGAUGUAGGCCUAUUUGAUGUUUUUAUGUAGCUUUAUAGCUGACUUUACCAUUUAAAACAAACCAGAUUUAUAUGAGCCAUGAAGAGAAAGUUGCUGAAUUGUACCCUGUUAGGGAUGCUGUGCCAAGGCUACAAGGUUAAUCCUGCUGAAUGCCAAAGCUAUUAAAAAUGGCCCACAGGCUUUGAAUUGUCCCUGGCGAGUCAGGUGGUGCCAUGCUCCCUGGGUUUCCAUCAGAAACUACAUUUAAGAUUAAAUUCAAAGCAGGUUUUUGCUGCUCUUCCGGGGUGAAAUUCCCUGCCCCUUCUGCAGUCCUUGGCUUCCAAGAAUGCUUAGACCUUCUGCUGGUGAAUUCUGUCCUAAAUACCCAGAGAAAAGCUGUGAUUUCAAAACCCCACGCUGUCACCUGGUGUUAGAUUGCAAACCGAUGCUCGUGUGUUCGUUAGAAGGCACCACAGAGCCAGUCUCAUGUUGCUGCCUCGUGGUAUCUGGGGUCAGAAAACAGUCCUGUGUCCUUAGGUUUAGUCCUUAGGUUUAUUGUCCCCUUCUGCACAGGCACACGGUCACGGACUCAUGGGAGAGCAUAAAAACGCGAGGCACUAGGAAAAAAAGAAGGCAGAGGCUGCUGAGGGAGAGCAAGGAGGAUGAGUAAAUGCAUCUUAUCACCUUUGCUUUGUCAGAUACAGCCAGCAGGUCAGAGGGAAGACGCGGACGGCAGGUGCCCUGCUGAAGAAUCAGGCCCUCUCUGGUGCUUGUCUGACGUUCCCGAGGAAAUGGCAUGUGUUUUCCCCAAGAGCAUUUCCUUACCAAUCUGAAACCACACUAAGUUAAGCAAUCUCAUUUAGAAAUUUUGAAAUUAACUUUUCCAAUGUCUGCUUUUUUGUGUCAAUAAAUUUGGUGAGGCUGGAGACAGCGGCUUUCCAUAAAUUAUUUGACAGCUUUAAAUUUUGAAAGCACUUUCUCAGUGGUUCCUGACAGUCAUUGCCUUUUUAGAUUAAGCAAAGCUAAAAUAACAGGCUUCUUGGAAUGCUGUAAAUCAUUGCCUGGGCAAAAAAGGCAGCAUUUUCUGCUCUGAAGAAAUAGAAUUGAAGCCUUGUUUGUAGAGUAAAAAGCAUUUCUCAUACAAAGACUGAGCAGUAGCUCCAAUGCAGUGAAAUACAUAUUUUUAAGAGGAAAUGUUCCUUUCGCAGGGAAGCAUUUUGGGAACCACAUCUGCCAGGGCCACCUCUUCCAAACAGAAUGGUACAUACCAGCUGCCAGGCCUUGCCAUGACUUUGCCAUCUCCUCCCGUUCUUUCCUUCUUUUUCUCUGGCACAGGGAGCUGUAGUCAAGAAUUCUUCCAAGUAGGGAACAGUUUUCCAUGUUUGCUUCUCGGUAGCUCAAGAAUUUUUUCUAAGUAUUUGUUGUACAAUGGUGAUAAACGGCAAAAGCGCAGAGUAAAUUAAUUGAAUGCUGUGAAGAACAUAAUGCACUUGAAUAAUUUAUAAAACCAGUUCUUUAUACGUGUGCUAUCAUUACACAUGAUCUACGUGGGAUGGUUUAUUUAUAUUUAAUAAAACGAUACAAGUUAAAAUCAAGUUCUUUGCUGCCUUUUUACAAGGUAGCAGCAGCUGAAUCCCAUAACAUAGGGAUAAGGCAUAGGUGAUGCCUUGUCUCAGGAAUUACCAAUUGGGGAAUGCACUUCUCCAGCUAAAAAUUGGAGGAGGGAAUUUUUGUUGUAGGAAAUAGCUCCUGGAGAGAGUCACAACUCUUGGUGGAGACGGUGAUGAGGACAAGUCUUUGAAAGCGUGGAGCAUGCAUAGAUGGGACAAGCAAGCGUGGUAUGAUCAGAAGAACCAGGAGGAUGGUGUGGUAGGAAGCAGGCCCGAGAGUCCCUCCCUCCGGAGCCAGCCCCUUCCAGCUGCCUGGUGCAGGGGAGCUUCCUGCACCACCUGGGGAGGAGAACCACCUCCUGUUGGCCAGGAGAAAGCAUAGAGGCAGGGCUGAAACCUCAAUCCAGUCCCACACAUCUCAAGGAUAAAACUAGAGACUCCCAGCUCUCCCAGUUUCAGAGCAACCAGUUGCUGGUGGGGCAUUCCUUGUUGUGACCUGCACAGAAGGUGUUGCUGUACCAGCCAGGCUGCAGGCUUGCUGAAGGCUGAGCGGUAUCAUAGAAUCAUAGAAUAGUUAGGGUUGGAAGGGACUUAAAGAUCAUCGAGUUCCAACCCCCAUGCCAUGGGCAGGGACACGUCCCACGAGAUCAGGCUGCUUAAGGCCCCAGGAAAUCCCUGCUGAUACAGACAAGCUGCUUGUUACCCAGCUCCUGCCUGAGCUGAAAUCAUGGAAUAUUAAUUCCUCUUUUCUUUUUCUUUUGAGAUUUUUCAUUUAUCGAACCCAGCUUUCACUUCAGCUUCCCGUUUUCAGUGCAGAUGAGGAGAUUCUGAUACUGAAAUCCAUGAUACAUUCAGGUGGCAGUGAGCAGAACUCGGCUCAGAGCUGAUUUACUGCAUUGCACUCGAGUUCUGCCAACCCCAGCGCAAAACCUGGAUGAGACUCUUUUAUUACCACAUUGUUGGAAAACUGAGUGGAAAAACUAUUCUCGUUAAACCUGUGUCAGGAAAAACAACCAAAACCCCCUGAAUUUCAGCGAAACCCUAGGAGGAACGUUAGGAGUUCACCACGUUCAGUCGCAGUGUGCCUUGGCUUUGCGAUGCCGUUUGGGGUUGCCCUCUCCCAGGCCAGCCGAACACCAGCGUGGGUGUAUUUUUGCCCCGGUGCAGCCUCUGACCAUACCUGCCUUCAGCAGAAACGGCUGCUUUGCUGGGCAUCUCCUGGCCCAGAGUCCUCUCGGUGCAGUCCCAGGAAGGACAACAACCACAGGGACACAUCCAUGGCAUCCUGUUCUCCAUCGCGGAGCAGCUGCGGGUGAAGGACUCCCCCACCCUGCAGUCACCACUGCUCAAGCUUGGAUGGUGCUCAGUUUCUGACUUGACUCUGCAAACAGCCGGGAGGAGCAGUGUCCUCGCUGCAGAGAGACAGCCUCGAGAAACCCACCAUAACAAGGGGCCAAAAAUACAGCCUGGGAGAUUAAGAUAGGAAAACUUUUCCACUAGGAACAGAAAGCAGCCAUGGAACGGCUUAUCUGGGGAGGAGGUGGGUAGGAUCACUGUUCUCUUUUCUUUAAGCUUGAUCUGGACCAAAGCCCAGCUGACCUGAUCUGGUGUUGGCAACAGUCCUGGAUGGAGCACAAGGUUGGCCUAGAGCCCUCCAGUAGUCUCUUCCAGCCAUCACCUCGGACUUGAUGGAACAGAUCUGAGAGAAGCCACGUUUCUCUGUAAGGCAACACAUGGAUUGGUUGUGAGCUGCUGAGCUGGAGCAGAACCCGUGCCAUUCCACAAGCAGCAUCAUAACCCGUAAUGACCAGUGCUCUGACUGGACACCACCUUUAUGCCCAUCUACCUGCCUGUUCUGAGGAAGUGAACAAUGGAGAGGCCAAACUCUCAGCUUCAGCACGGGACUUCAGCUCCUCAGCAGAGGCACAGAGGUAUUUUAGGCACUGCCUCAUGACAAGAUGCUGAGGACAAGGCAGUACAUCCUCCACAGCCACUCCUGUACUUGUGAUAAUGAGGUUUCCUAAUUCACAGCUGUAAGGUGAAGGUACAGCUACAGUUCUGUACUCUGGGCAAAGAGAGAAUGUUCAGCUAUGCCAGGCUUUUCCAGCAGUUUGACCAUAAAUCCUUUGAGCCACAGUGCCCCACUUCCCUCAGCUUUUGUAAUUUAAAACAACUAGUUGCAAUUUUGAAAUUAUUUUUUAUAUCUGGCUUUAAAUCCUUGAUCAAGACU